GCCCACCCCGUCCCAGCCGCUGAUCUAAUCUUGGAAGGAUCCAAAGAAACUGGCGUGGAUAAGUCCCAGCAGCUAUCUUCUGUUUGAAAAGGAAAUAUUCUUUAACAGUGACCGAUUUUUAAGGAUCAUAAAAUUCAUCUGUUAAAUAAAGUAGUCAGUUUAUCCAGUACAAAAUGCCUCAUCGAAAGAAAAAAUCCUUCAUUGACAAGAAGAAUGCCGUGACCUUUCACCUCGUCCACAGAAGUCAGAAGGACCCCCUUGCAGCAGACGAGACAGCUCCUCAGCAUGUACUUCUGCCAGCCGCCAAGCUUGAAGUGGAGAAGAGGCGCAAAGAGCAAAGAAAAUUUGGUGUUUUCUUUGAUGACGAUUAUGACUACCUGCAACACCUGAAGGAGGCGUCUAGUCCAUGUGAGCUGGUUGCAGCUGGGCAGUUGCACUCUGACAGAGGACCUUUUGACCUACAAGAUGAAGAUGAGGAGUAUGAGGAGGAAAAAGACACCAGCACGGACUUUCCUGCAGCUACAAUCCAUCUGCCCUCUUCAGUGUUUGCCUCGGAGUUUGAGGAGGAGGUGGGACUUCUGAACAAAGCUGCUCCUGUUUCAGGACCCCGACUGGACAUGGACCCUGACAUUGUAGCUGCUCUUGAUGAGGACUUUGACUACAACGACCCCAACAACAUCCUGGAGGAUGACUUCAUCAUUAAAGCAAACUCUUCACGUGGAUUCACUGCUCACAGCUGCACAGGGGAUGAUGAAGAUGAGCAGCUGGAGAGUACAGAUGACGAACGCAGCUUUGACUCGAACAGCAGUUUUUCAGGUGACGAGCACAUGGAGGGGGAUGAUCAUUGUAAAGAGUUUCUGUUCAUGGACGAGGAGACAAAGAGUCGCUUCACAGAAUACUCCUUGACUUCAUCUGUGAUGAGGAGGAACGAGCAGCUGUCUCUGCUGGACGACCGUUUUGAAAAGUUUUAUGAACAGUUUGACCAUGAUGAGGUUGGAGCUUUGGACAACGCUGAGCUAGAGGGCUUCAUCCAACCAGACAGCAGUCGUCUGGAGGAAGUCAUCAAAGACUACUUUACCGAGCAAAAGAAAAACUCUCUUAGACCCCAAGACUUGGGAUCCAUAGAACUUCCUGCUGUGAUAGGAGAGGAGGAAGAAGAGGAGGAUGAAGAAGAGAUGGAGAGGAUUGUAAUGGAGGCUCCAAAAGAGAAGUGGGACUGUGAAACCAUCAUCAGUACAUAUUCUAACAUAUUUAACAGGCCCAAAGUCAUUGAAGAACCACCAAAGCCAAAGCCAAUCCAUGUGUCCAAUAAGACGGGUAUCCCGCUGGAUGUACUUCCUUCCAGAGGCCUUACCCCCAAGCAGGCAGAGCGCAUGAUGAAGAUCAAUGACUCAGACCUGCCUCGGGCCUCCACUCAGCCCCGAAACAAAGAGGAGACUAAAGAGGACAGGAAGACCAGGAAACAGGCCAUCAAAGAGGAACGAAAGGAGAGGAGAGUUGAGAAGAAAGCCAACAAGAUUGCAUUUAAGGAGGAAAAAGUACGACAGGAGAAGCAGAUGAUGAACUUGAGAGCAAACAUCCACAGUCUGAAGCUAUAAUAGCGGACAGCCAGCACCCACCAGCUAGCAGACAGACUGCUCUUUCUUCACCUGCAUAAAGGCCGAUUUCCCUGAGCGUGCCUGAGAGGAUGCUGGGUCUUCACACCAGAGUCAUCCAGAGAUAAUAAUAUUUAUAAAUUAAGUCCAUUUUUUAAAUGGUGAAAAUAUCUCCAGCAGAGCGGUUAAAGACAUCAUGCCGUGCAGGAAUUAAAAUGUGUUUUUUUUUUGUUUGUUUUUUUUUACCACCCCAGUGUUUUCUAAGCUUUGUGUGUAUAUAUCAGGUGUUACUGAGGUUGGUUUGUUCUCAUAUUCCUUCAUUUAAUGCAUAAAAAAGUGCAACAUUUUUUUUUUAUCACUUAGAAAUAUGAGGUGGCUUUAGAAGAGCUUAUUAUGUGACCUUUGGAUGAGGCCUAGCUAGCCGUGUUUUUGGUAAGCUAAUUACCUUCAGGUCACCGUUUUUUUUAUUUUACCAACAGACAAAGUUAACAUCAGGAUUCUCACUUCGAAGGUAAUGCAUCAAGACAAUUUGGCUUUUGUUAAACGAAGAUAUGGUGAUUUAUUAACAGUAGCUGCAUUCAAAUGUGCCUCUGACCGCUAAAAAGAGUCCAGUCACAGUUCUUUUUGAACUAAAUAAAUCUGUUAUUCCUGAUCAGAGAGUUAUAUCAAGUAACAUUGUGAUUAGGAAUUUGUUUUCAGGAUUAACAUGUUGAUGGGAAUCGCAUCAAUAAAAAAAAAUUCUCAGAA